AUGCUGGAAAAUAGAAUGAAAUUAACAAGGCAGAGGAAGCAAGCACUGGCAUACCCAAGAUGGCGGAGACAGCAUGUAUUGAUGCUCCGACCAACGCUGCACUUGAUGACCUGGCGAGGCUGGACAGACACUUCAGGGCAUUCUGAUAUGGUCACCGUAGUCGAUUGGCCCACUGUCACUGGGCCAAUCGACUACACCUCUAAUGCAACGCCCGCAGAAAUACAUGAAACUGGGGGACUGUGCCCUGCCCAUGAAGGGCAUAGGCUGAACGACGCGCUAUAUACAUGGUAA